AAAUACUCGUAAUGUAAUAAUAAUGGUGACAAAGACAUUCCCCUUUAUUCCAUAAAAAUAAUUGAAUUCAUAAAUUACUUGAUAAACUUAUCUCGGUGGUUCCAACUCCCCCAUUGCCCCCUUAUAUAUAAAUUAUUCAAAUCAGUCGAUCCGCCAUGGAAGCUGACAGCAAAUCAGAGAGAGAGGAAAGCAAAGAACGAAUCGAAGAAGCACGAAGAUGGCCGCUGACCAAGGAUUCACCGGCGAGGUUCCCAUUCACGGUGAUGUCCUCGAGCUCUUGCUCUCGUACGUGCCGCUGGUCGACCUCGUCCCCGCCGCGCACGUGUCAAGGUCCUGGAGGCGCGCCGUCGCCGCCUCCCUCCGGCACUUCAAGCGCGCCAAGCCUUGGCUCCUGGUCCACACCCAGGGCCGCUGCUCUGGCUGCCCCUCCUCCACCUACGCCUACGACCCCCGCUCGGGGAUAUGGAUUGAGGUGGUGGACGCAUGGCGGCCGCCGGUGAACCUCGCCUCCGCCGUCCGGUCGUCGCACUCGACGCUCCUCUACGCGCUCUCCCCCUCGCGGUUCUCCUUCUCGUUCGACCCGCUCAACCUCAAGUGGCACCACGUGCAGGCCCCGGUGGUCUGGCGCACGGACCCCGUCGUGGCCCUGGUCGGCCACCACAUCGUCGUGGCUGGCGGCGCAUGCGACUUCGAGGACGACCCCCUCUCCGUUGAGACCUACGACCUGAGGACUGGCGCGUGGAGCGCGUGCCAGUCCAUGCCCGCCAUCCUCAAGGACUCCUGCUCGUCCGCGUGGCUCUCGGUCGCCGCGGACCGCCGCCGGAUGUACGUCACCGAGAAGGUCUCCGGUUUGACCCACUCGUACCAUCCCGAGGCGCGGGCCUGGUACGGGCCGUACUACCUGAGGCCCGACUCGAGUGUCUAUUACUCCGUCAUCGCUUUCUCCGGCCACCGGUUGAUCCUGGUCGGCCUCAUUGGGAGCUCGGAGAACUUCGAGAGCCUGAAACUGUGGGAAGUCAGCUCCGAUCUGCAGGACAUCGAUGAGAUUGCCGAGAUUCCGGCGGAGCUCGGGGAGAAGCUGAAGGACCAGUACACCGGCGUGCCUUCGAUAACGGUCCGUGCGGCGGGCAAUUUCGUGUACAUGCACAGCCCGGAGAGGCCGGAGAACGUGGUGUGGUGCGAGGUGGCGGCGCGCGGGGGGCGGAGCGAGUGGGGUUGGGGGAGGAACGCUGCAAUUGGCGAGAAGAACUGGUUGGAGAGGAUGGUGUUUACAUGUGCAAGCGUCGGGGUGGCCGAGCUGGAGACGGCGGUAGCGGCGGGGAACCGGAGAUUUCGGGUGAAGGAGACGCCGUCAUCGAUCUAAUACUAUGGCAUGAAAGUCCGUUUCAGAAAUAAUUGUCUAAUUUCGAAACGGGCCCACAUGACAGAGUUCUACAUUUGUUUACUGAAUCCCCCAGCCGUUGAUGAAAUGAUGAAUAAAAUGAGAAGCGACUCUUUUUUUGUUUUUU